AUGGGAAGGGAGAGUUUUGAAGAUGACCCAAGGUCUGGACGCCCAGCAACUGCCACCAUCGAUUGUGUUCAUCCCAUAGUGAUGGAUGACGAGCGAUUGACUAUAAAUCAAAUAGCCAAUGCUAUUAGCAUCUGCCGCAAGAAUUUUGAGAAUAUUCUACACAAAGAACUUGGCCUGACGAAGAUUUCUGUUCAGUGGGUAUCAUGUCUUCUGACAUCUGAUCAAAAGUGGACCAGGUUGAUCAUAUCGCGGGAAAAUCUGGCAUUGUUUGGGAGAGGAUCAGCUGGUUUCCUUGAACAUUUUCCUAAGCCCGGAUGA